UCCCGCCCCCAGUCCCCACGCUGCCGGCGCUGCCGGAAGUGGCGGCGCCGGUCCGAACUAGCCGGGUAGCAUGGCGGGUGUUUGGGGCGCGGGGCGUACGUCGGCCACGGGGACGCGGCCUGGGAAGCGGCCGUCGGAGCCCGAGCCGGAGUUGGAGCCGGAGGAGACCGCCCUCGUCUCUGCAUCGGCUGCCAGCCUCCAGGAUGGCAGUGAUUCUGGCCUGUCUGAAAGCGAGGAGAGCGUGUUCUCAGGCCUGCAGGAUUCCGGCAGCGACAGUAGUGAGGAUGACCCAGCCGAGGGAGAGGAUGGGGCCAGCGGUGAUGACAGCCACAGCAGGAUGGAGGAGACCUCUGGGCAGCAGGUGCAGGCUGGCAUCCCUUCCCCAAGGACAGAGGUGGCGAGAGCGAAGGGCUAUGAAGAGUACGCGGAAGACAGCUCUGAUGAGGAGGACAUCCGGAACACGGUGGGCAAUGUGCCCCUGGAGUGGUACGAGGACUUCCCCCACGUGGGCUAUGACCUGGACGGCAGGCGCAUCUACAAGCCCCUUCGUACCCGUGACGAGCUGGACCAGUUCCUGGACAAAAUGGACAACCCUGAUUACUGGCGCACGGUGCAGGACCGGACGACGGGUCACGAUGUGCGGCUGACGGACGAGCAGGUGGCCCUGGUGCGGCGGCUGCAGAGCGGCCAGUUUGGGGACGUGAGCUUCGACCCGUAUGAGCCUGCUGUGGACUUCUUCAGCGGGGACCUGAUGGUCCACCCAGUGACCAACCGUCCCGCUGACAAGCGCAGCUUCAUCCCGUCCCUGGUGGAGAAGGAGAAGGUGUCUCGCAUGGUGCACGCCAUCAAGAUGGGCUGGAUCCAGCCUCACCGGCCCCAGGACCCCAUGCCCAGCUUCUAUGACCUGUGGGCGCAGGAAGACCCCGACGCCGUGCUGGGCCGGCACAAGAUGCACGUGCCCGCUCCGAAGCUGGCCCUACCCGGCCACGCGGAGUCCUACAACCCGCCUCCAGAGUACCUGCUCAGCGAAGACGAGCGUCUGGCGUGGGAGCAGCAGGAGCCGGGCGAGAGGAGGCUCAACUUCCUGCCACACAGGUUCCCGAGCCUGCGGGCCGUACCCGCGUACGGCCGCUUCAUCCAGGAACGGUUCGAGCGCUGCCUUGACCUCUACCUGUGCCCACGGCAGCGCAAGAUGAGGGUGAACGUGGACCCAGAAGACCUCAUCCCUAAACUGCCAAGGCCGCGGGACCUGCAGCCUUUCCCCACGUGCCAGGCCCUGGUCUACAGGGGCCACAGCGACCUUGUCCGCUGCCUUAGUGUAUCCCCGGAGGGCCAGUGGCUGGCUUCAGGCUCCGACGAUGGCUCCGUGAGGCUCUGGGAGGUGGCUACCGCCCGUUGCAUGAGGACCGUGCCCGUGGGGGGCGUGGUGAGGAGCAUCGCCUGGAACCCUCACCCUACCCUCUGCCUGGUGGCCGUGGCAGUAGAGGACUCGGUAUUGCUACUGAAUCCGGCGCUGGGGGACCGGCUAGUGGUGGGCGGCACGGACCAGCUGCUGAGCACCUUCGUCCAGCCCCAGGAGCCCGCCGUGCAGCCUGCCAGCUGGCUGGAGGCCUCGGAGGAGGAGCGCCAGAGGGGCCUGCGGCUGCGCGUCUCCCACGGCAAGCCAGUAACACAGGUGACGUGGCACGGGCGUGGGGACUACAUGGCCGUGGUGCUGGCCACCGCCGGCCACACACAGGUGCUGAUCCAUCAGCUGAGCCGGCGCCGCAGCCAGAGCCCCUUCCGCCGCAGCCACGGACAGGUGCAGCGGGUGGCCUUCCACCCUGUCCGCCCCUUCCUGCUGGUGGCUUCCCAGCGUGGCGUCCGCCUUUACCACCUGCUGCGCCAGGAGCUCACCAAGAAGCUGAGACCGAACUGCAAAUGGGUGUCCAGCCUGGCGGUGCACCCCGCAGGGGACAACGUCAUCUGUGGCAGCUAUGACAGCAAGCUGGUGUGGUUCGACCUGGACCUUUCCAGCGAGCCGUACAGGGUACUGAGGCACCACAAGAAGGCCCUGAGGGCUGUGGCCUUCCAUGCCCGGUACCCGCUCUUUGCAUCUGGCUCCGACGACGGGAGCAUCAUCGUCUGCCACGGGAUGGUGUACAAUGAUCUGCUGCAGAACCCACUGCUGGUGCCUGUGAAGGUGCUGCGGGGGCACACGCUGACCCGAGACCUGGGCGUUCUGGACGUGGCCUUCCACCCCACCCAGCCGUGGGUCUUCUCCUCCGGGGCCGACGGCACUGUCCGCCUCUUCACCUAGGCCACCCUGCGUCCCCAGGCGCACGUGUGUUCGGGACCCUUAAUAGAGGUGUUCUCUCUGCUGA